GGACAGCAUUUAUGCCGGUGCGUGUAUACCUACUGUGUUUUUGUUUGUCCGGUUUAUUUCAAAAAAUUAAUACUGAAUAUUAUAUUUUACGUAUAAAGGCCCAACUCUAUGAAGAUCAUUAUCGCAUGUCCCAGUGAGAAAUGAUUCAUCGAUCAAUGAAACGAUAUCGAUUCGACAUCGACAACGUCAAAUUGACCUCGAUUCGACAUCGAUCAACGAAUCAUUUCCCACUGGGGUAUCUGAUAUGCAAAAAUAAACUGACGAUGAGUGAAAUUAUCAGUCUUAAUCUUUGCUUUGUAGAGAGAAAGCUACUAUCCAAUUGUCUCGUUGUACUUUCAAGCAUACUUUCAAUUCUUCAUUUACCAUUCAAAGCCUAUUACGUGCGAAACUACUGACUCUUCGCGCUCGAUAUUCUUUUUAUUCCCACGUCGAGGUAUCAAAGGGAAUCGGUUGACGUUGAAACGUCCAGUGAUUUCGAAAUAUAGGGUAUUAGACGUGCAUUUGUUGAACUCGAAACAAAUGCUUGCAAACGCCCGCACGCCUACGAGCACACACAUCCGUUGACCUGGAAAAUCGAACGAACAUCAAUCAUUAUAUGACGGGGCGAGAAGCGCCGCGCCAAAAAAUUAAGCGCGCGCGCGCGCGGCUACGACCGGAUUGAAUUAUGCAUCGCGCGCGCGCGAUUUGUGGAAGCGCUCGGUAGUCGUUUCGCCUUGAGGUCGUUUCCUUGAGUUUUCCGCGUUGCCCUUCGACGGCCGUGAAACAGAAGGAUUUGCACGUGAAACAUCCUCUUUGGUGAUUACUUCGUCUCGCUUCGCUUCGCCCCGUCUCGAAUCGCUUCACCUGGGACACCCGGGCUGUUCGCGACGCACGCCUGCACGCGCGCAUCAUACGAUACGUGAUCGGAGCGUUAAUUGUCGAUUUUAGCAGAGAGAUGGGUUACGAGCCUAGCUAUGAGACAGCCCGAUCUCCCAUCUCCCCCGCACAUAUAAACUACUAGCGAGCAGGUGACAAGGUUUAGUCACUUCAUCGUAUCGAUCGUGAAUGUAGAUCUCUUGCCGCGCAAGUGUCUUUUGACAGCGGUGACUUCCGACCAGUCCCCGCAGGGAAUAAUGGUUUUACGGCGUCGCUUCAGCAGUGGGGAGAAAAGUAUUGCAGCCACGCCAUCCUACAAGCACAUAGUCACCAUAUAAGAAUGGACGCGAGCUGGUUGAUUGAUGUCAUACUGAUAACUUUCACUUAACGCACUGUAUGAUUUUUAUGUGCGCACAUGUGGAUCGAAUUCAAAGCACCAUGUUCUAUUACAACUUUCUCCAGGCUCUGAAUCGUAUAUCAGGAGAAAUGUGGACCUAUCUCGCUUUACUAGUCGUUAUCUACAUUAUAUACGCAUUGAAGAAUCAGAUCAGAAUCCUCAGAUUUAUCUUCACCCUUGAUGGACCGAAGACAGUGCCCAUUCUUGGCAAUGUGAACGCUGUUCUCGAAGGAAAUCUGAUUGAAAGGAUGACAAACGAGGCGCCGAAUUACGGUAGCGUUUUUCGAAUAUGGUUGACACUUUUGCCGUACGUUGUGCUCGUCGAACCGAAGGACAUCCAAAUGGUACUCUGCAGCAUGAAGCAUACGCGAAAGAUAUUUUUCUACAAACUGCUGGACAACUUCUUGGGCAAGGGUCUAGUUACGCGGGACGUCGACAAGUGGCAGGUACAUCGAAGAAUUCUGCAACCAGCCUUCCACCGCAACAUGCUCGAAAGAUUCGCCCGAACGUUCGGCGAGUGCGCUGAACGUCUGGUCGACAAGUUGCUCGAGAAAGACGGAGAGGAUAUAAAUGUCACUGUGUUCAUCAACAACUCGGUCUACGAUAUAUUGAUCGAGACAAUUCUGGGAACGCCGGCAAAUCAAAGAGCCAACGACAGUGAGGACGACACACCAUUUAGAAAAGGCCAAGUUAUGGUGCCGUAUAGAUUUGCACGACCGUGGCUGCUAAUCGACUGGAUUUACCGAUUGACAGCAGCUGGGAAAUCGGAGGAGCAACAGCGGAAGGAUCUGUUCGACUUUUGCCUCAGAAAAAUGAAGGAGAAACGCGAGUUCCUGCAAAGGAACGGACCCCUAGUCGCUGAUGACAGGGCAACUAGAAAAAUGUCCCUCCUUGAGUACAUGGUCGAAAUCAAUGACAAAAAUCCUCAAUUCACUGAGCAGGAUAUCAUCGAGGAAUGUUGCACCUUUAUGUUGGCCGGCCAAGACUCAGUCGGUACUGCCACCGCGAUGACGCUUUUCCUUCUUGCAAAUAAUCCCAAAUGGCAGGACAGAUGUGUUGUAGAAUUAAAUGAGAUCUUUGGCGACGACAGAAGAUCACCAACUAUGCAGGAUCUCAGGGAGAUGAAGUGUUUGGACAUGUGCAUCAAGGAAUCCUUGAGGUUGUAUCCUAGCGUGCCACUUUUUGCCAGGAGACUCGGAGAGGAUGUAAGACUAGGAGAGCGCGUAAUACCGGCUGGUUGUGGCGUGUUUAUAGCGCCGUACUGCACGCAUCGCUUGCCCCAACAUUUUCCUGAUCCUCAUGAUUUUAAACCGGAACGUUUUAGCCCUGAAAACUCCGCGGGACGACAUCCCUACGCUUAUAUACCGUUUAGCGCUGGACCUCGCAAUUGCAUCGGAUACAAAUUCGCCACACUCGAGAUGAAAUCAGUCAUCAGCGCUAUUUUGAGAAAGUGUCGAUUAGAGCCGAUCCUCGGCAAGGAGAAGGUCAUAGCCAAAUUUCGUAUGACGGUCAGAGCACAUGGUGGACUUUGGAUCAAAGUGAAGACACGCAAUAAGCAAUACGAAUAAAACCCAGAAGUACUUUGACAGCGUGAUCUAGGUACUUGGCUUUUCUUCGUAUACUGUUUAAGGGUCAACAGGAGAUCCGACAUUAAUGGAGACUUCUGUCGGUCAGCUGUGAAUUACGGAUUCUAUGUUGUCGCACGGCCAAAAUACAGAUAAAAUCAUAUUAUAACUGUGAUAUUCGUAAUCUGUAUGAUCGUAAGAUUUUCUCUAAACAGCGAUUUUUUUAAAAGAGUUAAUAAAAAAUGUAUGAAUUGUA